AUGGCAAAGAGCAAGUCCAAGUCCACCAAGCCCUCGUCGGGUUCCAAGUCUCAGGGCAGCGGCCUCAGCAAGCUCCUCCUGGUUCUCGGCCUCCUCACCGCGCUCCUGAGCUCCGUCGUCUACUUUGUCGAGCAGAACCUCGAGCAGUUCUACAUCUUCGACCUCAAGCACCUCGACGAUCUGUCUAAGCGAGCGCUCGCCAAGCACGGAGAGGACACCAGGGCUGUUGUGAAGCACAUUGUGGAUGAGCUUAGCGAGAAGAACCCCGAGCACAUCAACGUCAAGGAGGAAUGGGUCUUUAACAACGCUGGUGGUGCCAUGGGUGCCAUGUACAUCAUCCACGCCAGUGUCACCGAGUACCUCAUCAUCUUUGGCACUGCCAUUGGUACUGAGGGUCACACCGGUCGCCACACCGCCGACGACUACUUCCACAUCCUCUCCGGAACUCAGCUGGCUUACGUCCCUGGCGAGUACGCCCCCGAGGUCUACCCUGCUGGUAGCAUCCACCACCUUCGCCGCGGCGAUGUCAAGCAGUACAAGAUGCCCGAGGGCUGCUUCGCUCUCGAGUACGCUCGUGGCUGGAUCCCUCCCAUGCUCUUCUUUGGUUUCGCCGACGGUCUUUCCAGCACCCUCGACUUCCCUACCCUCUGGGACACCACUCGCAUCACCGGUCGCGAGAUGAUCAACAACUUGAUCAAGGGCAAGCUGUAA